AUUUGUAAAUAAAAAUUGGAUACAAUUUAAUUUGUGGAUGUGUUUUAGUAUUUUUUUAAUGAUUUUAUAAAAGUUGUACGAAACUAUUAACGCAGUAAUGGAUCACAUAUUUACUAUAAGCAAAAAGCCGAGUAGGUCGUUGAACCCUUAUAAGCAAAAUAUAUUCAAUAAGUUAGAAAAGUCAGUUUUAUGUACAAUAUCGAGUAGCAAUGUUAUAGCGUUCAGUACUGAAAGUAAUAUUGAAGACUGCAAUUCGUUGUACUGGAGUUCAAACGUAUAUGUAGCAGACCUAAAUAGUCCUUGGCUAAUUCAUAAAAUACUAAGCAACUCUUCUCCCGUAACCGUAUUACUUUGGGAUUAUACUGGAGAAUUACUACUGGUGGCCGAUGAAAGCGGUCAUGUGAGAAUAUACUCAGCUAAAGAGCACAUUUUAAACGACUGGAGCAUUGUAUUACAAACUACUCUACAAGGAGAGCACAUUUUAGCCGCAACUUUCUUCCAUUCAGGCAAAAGAAUAAUUUUUAAUACUGAUAAAAAAGACAAUUCCUCGUACUUAGAAAAAUUCCAACAUGUCAAAUUCGCUUGCUCUGUUAAGCAAUUUGGAAACAAACCAGCUGUCGGAGCUCUCUUACUUACCGCAACCGGUAUGUUGGCUGUGGUACUCCUACCACAACCGACUUCUCAGACACCCAUGAUAGUGGCAACGGAAAGCUUGGGACCUACUAGAAUAUUUAUUAAAACCGCUGACAUUUGUUACGGAAAGAACGGGCAUUUCUUGCUGGCCGUAAGUAGUGGCGAUCCGUCGAAGCCAAUACAAUGCUAUCAGGUAUCUGUAAAAAAGGAAGACGAAAAAUGCUUCAUAAAGAGUCAAUCUUUGCUUAGUUUCUUUCUAAACGAAGCAUCGAAGGAGACCCAAAGUAUAAUGGAGCAAUUAGUUAAAGAAAGAAAUUGUCGCGUCAGCCACAUAAAGUGGAUAACUAGGGAGGACGCAGAUUCCUUAGUCGUUGCCGCCAGUAGUCAAAAAUCCAGUUGCUUGCAAGUUUGGGAACUGCAAGAAAAAUCGCUGCCUGUUCACAAAAGCUUGGGUAACUCGGAAACCCCGCAGUUUUUUAAUACAGUGAUAUGGCAAUAUCAAUGCUACUUCAACUACAAAAACUCAGUAACCGCUUUAUCUACAAGUAAAUUAAGUUUGGUAAACAACGUUUCGAGUGGGUUUGUAGUGGUUACUUAUGCGGAUAAUUCAAUACAUUGCCUCUGCAAGGAUACUCUGAAACCCAUUGUUAACACAGCGUUAUCCGUAAUGCCUCGAUAUUUAGACGAGCCCAAUUGCAAGUAUCAAAAAGUCAGCACCAACAUUUCGAAUAUAGACUUAUCUUGGCUGGGAAAUGUUCUUAUAUGUUUGGAUUCUGAUGACAGUUUACAUUUGUUUAAAUUACCUCCACAAAUCGAAAGUUCAACUCCAUUAAGUGUUCCUUAUUGCACUACUAUUUUGGAGUACUGUAUGAUGAGCGGGUUGGAUUGGUUAGAUCUUUUGUUGGUUUUAAGACCGGCUAUGCUCGAUCCUAUUUGCGACAGAUUAACAGAGAGUUUCAAUAGGCAGCCGGUGUACGUUCAACAAUUUUUCCACAUUCAAUAUUUGUGUAUAAAAAUAUCACUCUACAGAUUAAGCUUCCAAGGUCAAGGCAAAGCGAACGACUUGACUCAAUACCUCAUGUUGCACAGCAUCUCGACGGCUUUCAAGAGCCUUCUGAGGCCCAGCGAGAUGAACAGCCACGAGAAAAGUCCGGCCGAUUCUUUAGCUAGCGUGAUAGCGGAAGGUCAAAGCGACGUGGACAAGGCAUUAACGUUAAUGCACCUCGAAGCUAAAGAAUUCACCGUCGAAACAACAACCCUUCAAAGUCUCCAACAACUCAUCCAAUGGAUAGCCGAUUUGGCUUUGAAUUUACUCCUCAAAUUACCCGACAGCCGCCCCUCUUCCGGCAAGCCCUACGAGUUAUUGCGCGACGUGAAAGCUCUAAAUACUUUGAGGGAAAUGCUGGUGUUGAUAAGAAUAUGGGGUUUACUGAGACCAGCUUGUCUACCUGUAUUCAUUAAGAGCGACACCAACCUGGACGUGCUGGCUUUGGUGUUCAGAUUGCUGAGCAGAUUAGUGCAGAACGUCAACGAGCCCGACGAGGCCCUAAUAGACGAGUGCUGUCAAUUACCUAGUCAGGUCCAAAUACAACUUCUACAGCCUUGUAAUAACCGAAUAGUUCUAGGGUCUCCCCAACUUUCCCCAACAAAUACUCCCUCUUCAGCUCGAGUUUAAUACAGAACCCGAAUGUCUGGCGACGAAUACGGAUAACAAUACAAUGCAAACCGUAGAUUCUAUCAGGCACCUGUAUUUAGGAAGGACCCCUAGGGUAGUCAAGCAAUGCGUGAGAUGCGGAGGAUCUGCUGGUACUGUACCAGUUACUCGAACAGCAGCUAUUCGAGCUUGGGACCAAAGAUGGUCGAGGUCCUGUCAGUGUGGUGGUCAAUGGAGAAUGCAAGUUUAUUCGUAAUUUUUCUGUAAUUUGUAUUCAUAUUAAAACUUUU